AUGGAGUCGUCGAAUGGAAACACUCCCCUUCCAGAGGACAUGAACAAGUCUCCGGAGGGCUUGGUGCUUCCUCCUAAAGAUAUUCGAGCCAUUGUCGAAAAGACCGCGGGCUAUGUCGCUCGUAACGGAUCCGUCUUUGAAGAUCGUGUCCGUGAAAAGGAAAAGAACAACCCCAAAUUCUCCUUCCUAAACGCCGGCGACGCCUACGAGCCUUUCUACCAGUGGCGCCUCACCGAGAUCAAGGAGGGCCGUGGAACCGCAGUCUCAGCCGGACGACCUGGUGAAGCUGUUGCAGCUACCGAGCCCGAGAAGCCCAAGGGGCCUCCAGAGCCCCCCGCGUUCCAUUUCUCCGCGCGCAUGCCUAUCAUCAAUGCGCAGGAUCUGGAAGUGGUCAAGCUCACAGCGCUAUAUGUCGCCAAACGAGGAAAGUCUUUCAUGACUGCAUUAUCGCAACGCGAGGCUCGGAAUUUCCAAUUUGACUUCCUCCGCCCUCAGCACUCUCUGUACCAAUUUUUCACACGCCUAGUCGAUCAAUACACCAUCUUGUUGCGACCCGAGGGGAUUGACGAAGCUACCACCCAGCAAAAGCGGAUCGCCGAGCUUGAACACACCGUGAAGAACAAAUAUCAUAUUUUGGAACGCGCCAAUCAACGGGCAGAAUGGGUCAAAUACCAGGAGCAGCAGAAGCAAGAGAAAGAGGAACUGGAAGAACAGGAACGCAUCGAGUAUGCUCAGAUCGAUUGGCACGACUUUGUAGUGGUCGAGACGGUCUUGUUCACGGAAAGCGACGACCAAGCAGACCUGCCACCGCCGACUUCUCUCAACGACUUGCAAUCCGCCUCCUUGGAGCAAAAAGCCGCCAUGUCCCUUAACCCGCUGCGCAUCGAAGAGGCCAUGCCCACCGACCUCGACAACCCGACCUAUUAUAAUGCCUACCCAGCCCAACCCGAACCUUCCUUUCCCGUCCCACCACCUUCUGUCUCUCCAUACCCGGCUCAAGCAGCAGCCCCAUAUCCGCCACCCGCUGUGGACUAUGGCAGGCAAUACCCCGCACAACCAGAGGUACCGCAAGCCCGCACAGAGUCGCCCGUGCCUGUACCAGGUCAACCUCCCAUGCGCAUUCGCUCGGACUACGUGCCUCGUGCCCAGGCCCGGCGCCAACAAGCCGCAGGAGCUACCGCACUUUGCCCGAACUGCCACACGCAGAUUCCCGUCGCCGAAUUGGAGCACCACAUGCGUGUCGAGCUGCUUGAUCCUCGAUGGAAGGAGCAGCGUGCGAAGGCCGACUCCCGCAGCGCCACGACCAAUUUGUCCACUGUCGACGUCGUCAACAACCUCAAGCGACUUGCCAGCCAGCGCAGCGAUGUCUUUGAUGCCUCGCUCGCGCCAGAUCCUGAAGAGGAAGCGCGCCGCAAGCGUAUGGCUAUGGGCGCUGGUCCUGAUGGUAGCCUUCCUCCUGGAGUGUCUGCGCCACCGGGUCCGGCUAUUGGACCAGGAGGUGUUCCCAGACCCCAGAAUACGAAUAUUGAGGAUCAGAUUCGGCAUUUCCAUCAGCUUGCCAAGCAAUAA